CCACAGCAAGCAAAUAACGGCGGAGCAACAGACGAGAAGGAAUAUAUUGCAUUUCUUUCCUUUUUUUUUUUUGGUUAUUAUUAUUAUUAUUAUUAAACAAGCACAUUUGGGGAUCAUUUGUCGAACACCAUCCAAAUACAAAAAACGAGGAGGGGGUCGAAGGAAAACAAGACACCCCGAUUUCCCUACGUAUAUAUUUAUCCUCGAGGCGGACCUUUGAAGUGCACCAUUAUGUUGAACAACAUGGAUUUGAACGCGAAAGAUUCUUUUUACCCUCAGUUUGACAACUGCAGCGGCUCUUCUCUGGGCAUGGACGCCGGCGCGAGGAAGGACAACCGAGACGCGUUCGGCGACGCGGAGCGCUCGGUGCCCGCGCAGUUCGGCCACGAAGGAGCGCCCGCGACCCUCAAAACCGAAGCUUCCAACUCGGAAUACGCGUUUAACCCUUGCGAGGGCCCCAAGGACGCCUACACCCCUUCCUCGCUCGCCUACUCCGGCAGCUUCUACGUGGAAGCUUCUCAGGGGGCGCCGUGCACCACCGAGACCCUCCUCAACAUGAUCACCGAGAUCGUGGGCAUAUCCACGAUGCAGCUCUCUGAGUCCCAGCAACAGAACGGCAACAGCCGGGGGGCUUCAUACACGCCCCCAGUGGACAGCGCGCAUUUUGGAGACGUCAAGAGGCAACAGUUCACCCCGCCAGCGUACCCCUCCUCCUCCUCCUCCUCCUCUUCCGACCACCCGACGGGGUUCACCCAGGACCAGGCCGAGCCGCCCGCGCCCGAGCCGUCCACCUCCCAUCUGGGUUUCGCCAAAAGCGAGCCCAAGUCCGAAGCGGCCUCCUUCCCCGUCGUGGUCAAGAAUGAGUUCGAAAGCUACGAAUGGGGGGCGUUCUGCAAAUCCGACUGCUUGGAGAGCGGCUUCCACACGGAGACGUUCCCCUUGUCAAACGACUUCCCGCCUGAGCAGCAAAUGGACGUGAAGGAACUUUUGGACACCUUCCCCGCCAUGUGCCCCAACCCGGACGUGGAGUUCAAAGUGGAGGGAGGCAUCAAGCAGGAGCAGUGUUUCGCCGACACGUGCUCCCAGGGCUACACGUACAACGGCUACCUCCCCCCGCCGAUGGGCCUGAAGCCAUACCCCGAAGCCCCCCCUGCGUCCAAUCAGUGCGACUCCAUUUACGCCUCCCCGACUUUACCCAGCACCAUAGACUCCAUCCUCUACUCAUCCUUGCUCCCCGACUCCUUCGCUCAAAGUUACACCACGCGUGCCGCCGCCACUUCCACCUCCAGCGCCACCCCCUCCAAGCCCCCCAGGGCCCGGAAGAGCACGGCCGCGUCGUCCUCGCACGGCCCGCCCAAGGAGAAGCCCUUCACCUGCCCCAUGGAGAGCUGCGACCGGCGCUUCUCGCGCUCGGACGAGCUCAACCGCCACAUCCGCAUCCACACGGGCCACAAGCCCUUCCAGUGUCGCAUCUGCCUGCGCAGCUUCAGCCGGAGCGACCACCUGACGACGCACACCCGGACUCACACGGGCGAGAAGCCGUUCUCGUGCGACGUGUGCGGCAAGCGCUUCGCCCGCAGCGACGAGCGCAAGCGGCACGGACGCGUGCACCAGAAGCAGAAGGAGAAAAUGGAGCUGAAGCCGCAAGUGACUCCCAACGCGUGGCCCUUCACUCUGCCCGAGGGCAUUUGAAGACGAGGCCCCCCCUCCCCAACGCAUAUUGCACGCACACACGCACAACAUUUUAGGAUCUUUCCGUCUCGGAAGACGCGACGCCGUGUCAGUUUGGAUGAGGAGCGUAAUAGGCCGGAGGGGAAGAAAAUGGAGGGCGGAGGUCCUGCUGUGCCCGAUUUGACCCACGGGUCGCUCAGACGUCAGGUGAACAUUGACGUGUCGCCGUCACGCGUGGAAGCAAAGCCUGAGUUUUGGGUGCGUGACUGCUAUUCAGCACCUCUUCAUCCGGACAGCUCCUCAUUCCCAUCCCGCCUCUCAUCGCCCACGGGUGGAUUGCACUUGCAGAUUUCUAUCGAGAUUUUCAACUAAGAAUGUUCUAUUUUUUCCUCUUUUUUCCAGUUCUUGGACUAUGUUGUUCAAUGCAUGUUUGGAAUUAUUUUUUUUCCCUUUUGAAUACCUGAAAUAACGCCCCCUCCUCCAAUCAUUCCACAAUGGGAGGGGGGUUAUUCAAAUGAAUGUAAGCUAAUAUAUGUAUGGGGGGGUUUUUUUCCCUGCCACAAAGUGGUCCAUUUGGAUCAAACUGAGUGUUUGUUUAUACUGCUUAUCAUUUUAGCCGUCAGUGUUUUUUGUCAUUGGAUUUUGUGUUGUUAAAAUUGUGAAAGAUAUCUAAUUAAUGGCAAAUAAAUAUAUUUGUAUUCCUGUACUUCCUUGUAUUUUUAUAGCCGAGUGUAUAUUUUACAUUUAUGACAUUUGAGCCUCAUUUUCUUGGGGGAGGGGGGUAUUCUAAAAAUCCGUAAUAAUGUAUUGGUUUUCGAGGGCUAUCUUGUUCAGUAACUCAGUAUUUGAAAUGUCACCGUUUGAUAUCUGAAACUUUUUUUUUCGCACUUCAUCCGACGAGCGUUGUUUGACCCAAUGGUUUUACAAACGGGCGCUGGAUGUGCACUUGUUGAAAAAUGAAAAGUGUGUUGAAUCAAGCUAGGACCGACUAGCGCAUCUUUUGAGUAAUCAGGUAGCACACAUUGCUGCAAGGUUCGGGGUCAGCGAUGAAGGACUUUUGACGUGAUGUAUCUUUUUCUUCGAGGAUGCUGAAACUUGAAAAAA